AACGGCAAAGACGACCUGCGAGAAAACCAAGUGACAACUGGAAGUUAUGAUACCACGGGCGACGCUGAGCAAGACUCUACGACAUUUCAGCUCCUCUGCUCUCAAAGGACCUCUUGGCUCAACGUCCGUCCCACUGGAGUCGUACAUGAAGCUCGCAGAUGCAGAGGUGAAGAAGCAGCGGUCAAUGUGGGGCCUUACACGGACGCUCAUAAAUAACGCGGUCGUCGGAAUGACGGAGGGUUUCACCGUCCCCAUACAUCUUGUGGGUGUCGGAUACAGGGCUGUUAUGGAGGACGACCCGAGAGGAACGACAAAUGGUGGCAAUGGCCAGAGGCUCAAUAUGAAGCUAGGACAUUCCCAUAACAUCUACGUGCCGAUUCCUGCCCACAUCAAGGCAGAUGUGCCUUCUCCGACGAAAAUCGUACUGUUCUGCACGGACAAGCACUUGCUUGGUCUUUUUGCUGCAAGAAUACGGAAGUGGCGUCCGCCCGAACCAUACAAAGGCAAGGGUGUUUUCAUCGGCGAUGAACAAAUUCGUAUCAAGUCUGUGAAAAAGAAGUAGUCUGCACCCUACUUUUGGUUUCGUACAGUGGCUUGGUUUGCGCUCAUAUCAUUGCAUACAUGCAAUAGGCAUCAUAUAUAUUUUAUAAUAGUGCCACGGUAAUGAACACACUUAGAAUUCGAACACAGUACGUAGUAGAGCUCGUCGUUUAGACACGAUGGGCGGUCACGUG